AUGACUGAUUCUGAAGCAAAAUUAAAACAAAAAGAGGAUCGUCGUUUAAAACGUGCCAAAUUACGUUCAUUAGAAACAUUAGCUUAUUCAUCGGCAUUAUCUUAUUUAAGAGCAAAAAAUGAUUAUAAUAAAGAAUCAGAACUUAUUCUAGCUCAAUUACGUUGUUUACUUCAUAUAUCAGAUGAUAGACACAUGGCAGAAUUAAAAAGAAUUAUAAACAAUGAUGAAUUACAACAAAUUAUAUCGACGGUAAACUUUGGACAAAUUGGAUUAAGCGAUAACUGGAAAAAAAUUAUUGUUCGAAAACAAAGUCAAGAAACAAUUCGUCAAGAAAAAAGAGACAAAAUGUUGGUACUUGUACUUGGUGAUCUUCAUAUUCCGUAUCGUUGUAGUGGUUUACCAUCUGCCUUUUUAAAAUUAUUAACACCUGGACGAAUACAACACAUAUUAUGUACGGGAAAUUUGUGUACAAAAGAAACAGUGGAUUAUUUAAAAACAUUAACAGCUGACGUACACAUUGUAAAGGGUGAUUUUGAUGAGAAUUCAAAUUUUAUUGAUCAAAAAGUUGUCACUGUUGGUCAAUUUCGUAUUGGAUUAUGUCAUGGACAUCAAAUUAUACCGUGGGGUGAUAUUGAAAGUUUAAGUAUGUUACAACGACAAUUGGAUGUAGAUAUUUUGAUCACAGGUCAUACACAUAAAUUUGAAGCAUUUGAACGUGAUGGAAAAUUUUAUAUUAAUCCCGGUUCAGCUACAGGAUCAUUUAAUGCAUUAAAUAGUACAACAACUCCUUCAUUUGUACUGAUGGAUAUUCAACAAGCAUCAUUAUCUCUCUAUGUUUAUCGGGUAAUUGAUGAAAAAUGUACAGUUGAACGUCUAGAAUGGCGUAAAAAUUUAUUGAAUUUAUCUCAAUUACAGUUACAUCAUAAAACAUUAGAUGAUUUUCGUGAACGUUUAUCUACUUAUGAGGAUUAUUGGUGGUUUGCAAAACCUGAUCAGAUUUCGGCAAUUCAAUGUUCGAGAAAAGGAUGGCAAUGUAUUAGUAACGAUCUUAUUGAAUGUGUUAAUUGUCAUGCAAGAUUAUUUGCUAUAUUACCAAGUAUCCUAAAUACAAAUGAAUAUACAGAUGCAGUACAAACAACAUCGAAACAAUUGGUAGAUGCACAUGAAAAAUAUUGUGUCUGGAAAGUUCUUACAAUACCUGAAUCUAUUCUUCAAAUUCAAGAUAUUUAUUCGAAUGAGACAAUAAAUCAAUUAAUAUCAAAAGCUAAAGAUUUAUCUGACAAAAUAUUACAUAUUGAAAUUGUGGGUGAAAUUAAAAAUAAAUUUACGUUAGAGACAAAAGAUAUUGAUGAAAGAUAUUUAUUUAUUCAAUAUUUAAAUGAUCCAAAAAUUUGUGCUGCUUUUAAAAUUGUCACAUUUGGAUGGAUACUGUCAAAAGAUGGUAUUUUAAUAUGUGAAAAAUGUUGUCGUGAAAUAACAAAUGUUAAGAAAAAAUUGGUAUUUGAUCCCGUUUAUUCACAUCGUAGUUGGUGUCCGAUAUUGAAAAAGAAUUCAUCUUAUCAAUAUGAAUGGCUAAAACUUAUUGAACAAAUACAAAUUGUAUUAAAAGAUAAUAAUAAUAGAGCUUAUCAAAGUCAAAUUAAACCAGUAAAAUCCAAUAAAGAAGUAAGGAUAAUAAAGUGUUUAAAAGUAGAAACUAUUUUAAACUUGAUCGAUAAUUUUUCCUAA